AUGACUCUACAGUUACUACACAAGCAACAAAGUCACUCCACAUGCGUCGUUUCUGAUCAGCAAGAUGUGACACAUGACGCGCAUCUGUCGGAGUCUUUAGAUUUUAGAGAAACAUUUAAGAGAGAAGAAAGCGGGCAUAAAAUAAUUGAAAAGGCACUCACUAACAUCAUUAAUGAAGCAAAUGUUACUAACCCUAAAGAAGAAACAGCUGCAGCCGAAAAGCAUGCGUGCAAGGGAAUUGGCAUGUUAGCGAAGAUUCUCAUCCUUCGACACAUAGCACUGAAGAAUAUUGGGGUGGAAAUACCAACUUUUGAUACAGAAAUUCCAUCCUUUGAGAUCUGUCGAAGCUUAGGCAUAGACGAUAAAUUGCGUGGUGGAAGAUUCAAUGUUAAUGAGUCGGAAAGAAUGCAGUUAGAUAUCACUAUACAAAGAGACGCAAUUUAUUUAGGAGCAAUAACUUCUAUAAUUGCAGGUAGUACGUUGCAUAAUGAGCGUAACAUUGGAAUCAAAGCCACGACGAGCACAAUCUUCUUGUCACUGACCGAUGACAGGGAUGCACAUAACAAGGAUCGGAAUAUGGGAAGUUGUAUUCCCAAGUUUGAGGAUACAGCAACUCUGUCAGAAGUUGGGCACAAAUUGGGUAUUGAUGAAUAUUUGGAGUCCAGCAAUGAUGAUUAUGCCCAGACUGUAUUCCCAACUAGCUUCACUAAUGAAAAUGCUACAAUAAUUUGA